GCGCCCGUUUAUAAGCCAAUGAACCUUUCUGCCUUCGACGCCUUGGUUUUAGUGAUAUGUGUCUUUCUCAUUGCAAGAUGACUGGUAGUUUUGUCCUGGGCUCGGGGUGAUCUUCUAUUAGCGAUUUACUUUUCUUGCAUUAUUUUAGAUACACUACAUCCAUCGGAUAGCUUCGACUUCCACUUUCUUCUUUUUGUGCUCUUUUGGCCCUUCUACGUGAGCUGUUCAAAGGCAGGUCUACACUUACGACGACUACUGCUCUCUCUUUUCCGGUGAUCACUUUUGAUUCUCAGCAGCGUGGACAUGCCACAUCUGGUCCACCACCAUCACCACCGAAGGCGCCACUCCUGGCCCUACUGCGGUCCAAGCAACGCGUACCACCAGCAUUCGCACCAGCCGCUCAGUCGCAACCGGACACUAUUCCAGUCGGAACAGCAACAGCAACAGGCCUACCAGCAGCACCUCCUCGAGCAGCGGUUUCUUGCCCCCGUUGGCUCGGAAGAUCUCCUCGACGACGAUGCCGCGUCGGCGGGGAUUUCACCCUCGCCAUCAUCACUAAGGAAGGCCGCAGCACAGACCAGAUCUCGACGCUGGUGGUGGUGGUGGUAUUCCUCGUCGCGAGUGGUUCCAACCGCACCGCAGGGGAAUCCGGUUGGGACUGAAGGGCCGCUGAGGAAGAUGAUGCGUCCGCCGCUGGAUAAGGCGCGGUCGUUGUUUGUUAUGCCCACGACGGCGACGGCGAGUCAUUCUGUUGACGUUGCCGGGGAAGAUGCGCUGGUGUUUACUACAUAUUGGGUGCCGCAGCCAGGUGUUGUUCAGGUUCCCGGGCUGGGGGGAUCGGGAGCUGUUGUUGAACAGCCGGGCGGACCACCGCCCGCUGACGGGCUGUUGGCGGUGCCGGUUCCCGUGGAUGGUGGGCCGCGGGGCAGGACUAUGGCGGCGCAUCUGAUGGCGGAGAGGAACCAUCGGCGGUGUCAUUCCGAGCAGCCGCGGGCUUGGAAGCGCCCGAGCGCAAGCUUGUGGCCGCUGGAGGAGGAAUGAUUUCGCUUCAAAGAGGGUGGUGUUUUCCAUUUGGACCCUCUGCUUGCUGUUUUCUGUCGUAGAGUUUGUGGCUUCACUUCAUCUUGCUUGCUUUUUCUUGUGUAUGAUUUGUGGGAUGGGUCUAAUACUUUAGCAUCGUGUUUUGAGAGGCGUCGGAUAUACAGGAUC